AUGCCUCUUUCGUUUAGUUCGGUCGCGACUGCGGCUCCGACUGGACAAGGGGGUUCGAGUGUGGGAUCUGGUCCGGCUACGAGCGCGCCGUGGACUGCGAUCCCGACGGUCUCUGCUUCGACUAAGAGAGCGAUGGUCACGAGAAUUAAGGUCCUUGAUGAUGAUCUUCGUAACCGACCUCCACCACCUCGACGUCCAGGACUGCCUGAGCGGGACGGCGACCGCGAUAACGAGCGUCGUGGUGGCGAUCGUGAUCGGGAAGCGGAACGAGAUACGGAGCGAGAACGAUAUCUCUGCGACCGUUGGUUUCGGCGACGGCGUGGAGACGGUGAACGCGAAACGUUUCGUGAAGAAGAACUCAGGGAUCUUCUCCGAUAUCUUCUAGGAGAACGUGAGCGAGAUGAUUCAGAACGAGUGCGAGAUCUUGAUCGGUGGUCACUAUAA